AGAAUGCUAUACAGAUCUAGAGGGAAAGUUGAUGGGCGAAAACUUGCCUUUGUGGCGCUUGUAUGCGGUGGAUACGCUCUGUUUCUGGAGCUGAAGUCACUCGAGGAAAGCAGACGAGAGGGUUGGUGGAGGCAGAAGACAGAAAGCCAACCAAAGGUGAAACGAAACAACAGCGGAGCUAAAAAUAUGCUGAUUGACUACAACAGAAGGUUUGGGACUGAGAGGUUAAAGGUUAACCCCAACAAUGUCGACUCCAUCAAGACGUGGUACACUGCUCUAGCCAUGAUUGACUGGUACCUGGAUAUAGGUGUGGAGAGUUUGAAAUGUGAAGACAAACAGAUGUACGACUUUUGGUCUUUUUGUCAAGAAACAAAAUUUAGUGUACAGUCGCCUUGUAUAGUUUACUCGUUUGGACUGAGAAUACAUUUUGAGUUUGAAGACAGGUUUGCACAUUUGGGUUGCGUCGUAAAAUCGUUUGACCCCAGCAUAAAUAUCUCGGGCCGGAUAAAAAGCCCAAAUGUUGACUUCUACAACAUUGGGAUCGGUGCGGUCAACACUAACGUGUACAUGCCAACUCAACCAGCCGCGCGAACAACCAGGAAGAAAGGACCGUGGAAGCUGAGGACAUUGAGGACCAUCUUACAGAUGCAGGGGCACCAAAACAAAAUUCUGGACGUGUUGAAGAUUGACAUCAAGUCCAACCUGUGGGUGGUGCUAGACAACAUCCUGGAGACGGGGGCGUGGCGUCAGAUUCGUCACCUUCUGUUGGAGUUCAACCUCUACCCCACCCACCCACACAAGGAGGAUUACGUCAUCUUAUAUAGGAUGUUGACCAGGCUACGGGAGGUCGGGUUCAUCGAGUACUACAGAUCCCCCUCAAGUGACAUGGUGCUAGAGGAUGAAAGCGUGUACCUGCAUAGACGUGUGUCAUACUACAACUCACACUUAGUGCUGGACAGUUGA